GCCGUGGACUGAGUGUUUGUCGGUGGAGUCACAUAUUAAAUCGCAGACUUUACUGCACAUCUGGGGACUGUUACUUCACAAACACGCUGUCGUCUUUUUUUUUCUUUUCUUUUUUUAUUUUAGCCCAGUUUUAUGGUGCUGACGUGCAGCCACAGGUUGACCGAUUUAUCCCAGUCACCAUGGAUUAUUCCUCUUCAUCUACUGCCGAUUGUCACUGACAGGAUCAAAAUGGGAACAAUCGAUACAUCACCGGUGACUGGGAGAGAAACAAACUGAUCUUAUCAAGUGAGCGGAAGACGGAGGCAUCAUCAGUGGGGAAGCGACGCGCAUUUUCGAGAGAUAAGACCUGUGGAGGACCUAUAUGAAGGGAGAUGAAGCGAAAAGAUGACGGGAUGGCCGUGACAACAUGAAAAAGAAAAAGAGUUGUGCUCUGUUUUUCAUCCAGUCAGUGAUUCGACACAACUAACCUGGGGGAAAGGGACUGAGGCUGAAGAGGUCGGAGACAGGUGUGUGACCACAGCUGUGAUCAUGGAGCCUCCCCCUUCUCUGAGCUUGGCUCUGCUAGGAGGGAGCGAGGAUGAGGACCAGCGAUUCCUCCUUCCCCUGGGCAGUAUAUCCCAUCCUUCCACCACUGGCACCCAGCCAGGAUCAAACCAUUCCAACCACAUGGGAGGAUCAAGCCUUGACCGUCUAAAUGGCAGCACCUCAUCCCCAUCACCUGCCCCGCCCAACUUGCCUCCAGCAACUCUCCCCAAGUUGCCCCUUUCCUCUGCCGGAGCCCAACCUUUGCCUCCACCCAUCCCUAAUGCCCUGCACCCCACCAGCACCCCACUUUCUUCCUGCCUGGGCUCACAGCACAGCCUGAGUGGAGACAAUUCCCCAGUCUACAACGCCCUUUUUUACUCCUCUCAUUCCCCGUCCAUGGAGCGGGAGAGGGACAGAGAGCGUGACAGGGACAGGGACAGGGAAAGGGAAAGGGAGAGGGGUUGCAAACACAGACAGGCCAGCCCUCUGGUUCACCGUAGGGACAGUAACCCCUUCACGGAGAUCGCCAUGAGCUCCUGUAAGUACACAGGCGGGGUCAUGAAGCCCCUGAGCCGCCUCAGCGCGUCCCGGAGAAACCUAAUCGAGUCAGACAGCAGCAGCGAAACCAAAGAGGGUGGCGUUUCAGCUGUUGCUGGCGCAACUGCUGCGGGGGGACAUGACCGUCAGCGAGAAGCCCCUCCUACUUAUUCGGUGACCCACUCCUCUACCAACCAACCCCCAAUUCAGAGUCCCCCAGAGAUUGUGAUUUCAUCCAAAGAAGAUUCCCCAUAUCCCAGAGGAGGUUAUGACAUCACUGACUCCACAUCCAACCAGAUGUCCAUUUACCACCAGAACCAUGCACUAGUAGAGAGCAGGCGGCAGCCAAGGAGGGGCAGCAGGCAGGGAGGGGUUGGGGCAGUGGGCACCGGGACCAGGGGCAGCACCUCCAAGGCUCCCAAACGUAAGAACCAAAACAUUGGCUAUAAACUGGGGCACCGCAGGGCGCUGUUUGAGAAGAGGAAGAGGCUGAGUGACUACGCCCUCAUCUUUGGAAUGUUUGGCAUCGUAGUCAUGGUGAUUGAGACAGAGCUGUCGUGGGGCGUGUACACUAAGAGCUCCAUGUACUCUCUGGCCCUGAAAUGUCUGAUCAGCCUGUCCACAGUCAUCCUGCUGGGGCUCAUCAUAGCUUACCAUGCGCGGGAGGUUCAGCUGUUUGUCAUCGACAACGGAGCCGACGACUGGCGAAUCGCCAUGACGAUGGAGAGGGUUCUGCUAAUCGCCCUGGAGCUGCUCGUUUCUGCUGUGCAUCCAGUGCCUGGGGACUUUAAGUUUCAGUGGCGGGCACGGCUGGCCUUCUCAUAUGCACCUUCGCAGGCCGAGGCCGACCUGGACAUGGUGCUGAGCGUGCCCAUGUUCCUGCGCCUCUACCUCAUUGCCAGAGUCAUGCUUCUGCACAGCAAAUUGUUCACCGACGCUUCCUCCAGGAGUAUAGGUGCCCUCAAUAAGGUCCAUUUUAACACACGAUUUGUAAUGAAAACUCUUAUGACUAUCUGCCCUGGGACGGUGCUGCUGGUCUUCAGCAUCUCUCUGUGGAUCAUUGCUGCCUGGACCGUACGCGUGUGUGAGAGGUAUCAUGAUGCCCAGGACGUGACCAGUAACUUCCUGGGAGCCAUGUGGCUCAUCUCCAUUACUUUCUUGUCUAUUGGUUAUGGAGACAUGGUUCCUCACACAUACUGUGGCAAAGGAGUCUGUCUGCUCACAGGCAUCAUGGGUGCAGGCUGUACGGCUCUGGUGGUUGCCGUGGUAGCCAGGAAGUUGGAGCUGACCAAGGCUGAGAAACAUGUACACAACUUCAUGAUGGACACGCAACUCACCAAGAGGAUAAAGAAUGCAGCUGCUAACGUACUAAGAGAGACUUGGCUCAUCUACAAACACACCAAGCUAAUGAAGAAGAUCGACCAUUCCAGAGUCCGCAAACACCAACGGAAGUUCCUCCAGGCUAUACAUCAAUUACGCAGUGUGAAAAUGGAGCAGAGGAAACUCAGCGAUCAGGCCAACACACUAGUGGAUCUCUCAAAGAUGCAGAGUGUCAUGUAUGAGCUCAUGUCCGAGCUCAACGACCGCAGCGAGGACUUGGAGCGUCAGAUGCUGUCCCUGGAGCAGCGGGUGGAGCAGCUCACAGCAGGCUUCAAUGCCUUGCCCGCACACCUCUCUGCAACCCUCAGUGCCCAGCAUGCUGCCCUGGUUCACCUGCUCCGGGAGAGGGAUGCAAGGGAUGGUAGAGGGGGAGGAGGAGGAGGUGGAGGUGGAGGUGCUGUGGUCCCAUUGUCCCCUGCUGCUUCUUUAACCACUGCGCCAGCUCCAAUGUCUCCAGUUCAGGUCACAGCUCCUGCACCACCCUCAGCCCCGGUCUCUACUUUGGCCUUGGAGUCCCCUCUGUCGCCCCCACCCCUGAGCCCAGAGGGAAGUUUGGAGGCUACUUCCAACCCCAACACGUGCACCUCCAGCUGCUGAGGACAGCUUCUUUUUUUUUUUCAGACCAGGAGAGGACAAAUAUGAGGAAAAAAAUGGGGAGGAAGGAUGGGGGCUGCGCUAGUCCUCUCACUUCAGACUAAAGGAGAGAAAUGAGGGACGAGAGAAAUGUCUGGUGAUCCUCGGAAACUAACGCUCUGCAUGGGAGGGAGGAAGACUAUGAGGAGAAAUAAUGGGAUUAAGAUGGAGGGCCUGUAUGAGUGAUGAGACAUGUUAGGGACUUUGGGGCGCUUUACUUGAUGAAGGAAGGAGAAGAAAAAUGGGGAUAAAAUGGAGACUCUAAAAGGUGUGAGGGGGAGGAAGGAUGCCAAGAGGGUGAGAAAUGGAGGUAGAGAGAAUGAGGAGGACGAAGUAGAGAGGAGGAGAAAUAACGAAGAAUAAUUAUAUGAACUCCUAAAUGGAAUCCACUCCAAUUACUGAAGAAUGCCUUUUAUUAUCUCUAUCUCUCUCUCUCUUCUAUGUCUCUCUUUCUCCCUCUCUUUCCUUCCCCCUUCCCAAUCCCUCACUCUCAUCAUCAGGAAUUAAUGACCAUGACUUUUUAUCCUUAUGAUGUAUUUUCUAUCUGAAUGCUAAUUGUGUAUUAACGAGCAUCCCUUUAACAGAAGGUUCGAUCAAUACGACCAUGAUUAAAAAAAUAAAAAUGGAAAAAAAAAACAAACAAAAAACAAAAACAAACUAGUGGCAUGCACCACACACACACACACACACACACACACACACACAUACAAAAAUCACGUCAUCCACGCAAUACAAGUUAACACAGCACAAACACGAAUAUACAAUCUAUCACAAUGCAGGCCCUAUUUACACUCACACAGAAAAUAUAAUGCACUAGCCCAUAAGAUGAUACUAAAGCCUAUACUGCCAAGCACAUGAUGCACUGUCAAUCUCCAUAGAGCACUGCCAAGCAAUGUAGACACACUGUAAAAAAAAAAAAUCUUCAUCUUAACAAUUUAUCUUUUGUGGGUGUGAGCUGAUGCAGUAGUUUAGACUUACAAUGCAUAGUUGUGACAUUUUAACUACUCAGCUGGGAGAAUUGUAACCGUUCAGUGAACUACACAAAUUAUAGAUCAAGCUGGAACAAGCUGAUACAGAGGGACAUGAGUCAUCAUAAUGUCUAUUUGUGAUGAUGAAGACAGUAGCUGUUGGUAAAAUAACCUAACACAACUAAAGCAGGACUUUAUUACUGCAUUUACCGAAUUACAGAUUGGGCUGAGUUGAUGUUUAAGUGUACUUUGCUGUGCUGAAAUGAGACUUUGAUUUGGUUUCAUUUCUGUGGAUGUUUCGUAUGACAGCAACAGAAAAUGGACAGUUAAUAGUAUUAAGUGCAAUAACACUGGGGUGGCUGUUAGAAGAAAGAUUAGCUUAUUAUACACACAUUUAUUAUACUGGCAUUUAAAAACGGUUGAUUAAUUUUUGAAGAUGAUACUCGUUAAAACAAACCCUGAGGGACUCUAAAAGUUGACGCUUUGCACAGUCUCGACGCCCCACAUUUAGUGCGAGUUCUCGUUUAAUCCUACUAAAUUUGGGUGCAUUGGCCCAAAGAUCUACUACAGAUGCAGUUAGGUCCAUAAUUUGUCGGGCAAAGACACAUUUUUUUGUAAUUUUGCCUCCAUACACAACCACAGUGGAUUAUAAAUCAAACAGUGACACUAAGAUUGAAGUAUAGACUUUCAAAUUUAAAUCACGGGGUUUUAGAAAAAUUUUGCAUUUAGGAAUUACAGGCGUUAUUUUCUGCACAGUCCCCCGUUUUCAGAGGCUCAGCAGCAACUGGACAAUUGACUGACGAGCAGUUUCAUGAUUGGGUGAAGCUUAUUGCCUUGUUAUUUCAUGACAUGUUUCAAAGAUUUGAAUUUGUAUUUUCUUCAUCGUCACUUUAAAUAUGAAGCCCAAAGAGAUGUCAAUGCAAGUGAGGGAGGUCAUCACUGGGCUUAAAAAGUCCCAAGCUGCAAAUCACUGGUUACACUCAAGACGAAGGCAGGAUUAGAAGUUGCCAUAAAACACCUCAAAAAGCCUGCACAGCUCUGGAAAAAAAAAAAGAAAAUCUUUGCACAGAUGAAACAAAGAUGAACUUGUACCAGAAUGAUGGGAAGAGAAAAGUAUGGGGAAGGAGAGAAACAGCUCAUACCACAGUAUCUGUCAAACAUGGUGGAGUCAGUGUGAUGGCAUUGGCAUGUAUGGCUGCCAGUGAAACCGGGUCACUGGUGUUUCUUGAUGAUGUGACUGCUGAUAGAAGCAGCAGGAUGAACUGUGAAGUGUACAGGGCUAUACUCUCUGCUCAGCCUCAGCCAAAUGCUGCAAAACUGAUCAGGCAAACGGAUAAUGAGCCAAAGCAUACUGCAAACGCAGCCCAAGAGUUUCUUAAGGCAGAGAAAUUGUAUAUUCUUCAGUGGCCAAGUCAGUUACCUGAUCUCAGCCCAACAGAGCGUGCUGAAGACGAAACUGAAUUCAGAGGCCCACAGUCAAGCAGCAACCUGGCAGAGCAUCUCAAGAGAGGAAACACAGCAUUUGGUGAUGACCAUUGCCUCUAGACUUUAGGCAGUCAAUGACUGCAAAAGAUUUGCAUCUAAAUAUUAAAAACAAUCCUGUUAUUAAAAAGUAUGUUAGUUUGUCCAAUUACUUUUGAGCCUCUGAAAAUGGGGAACUGUGUAUAACAAUGACUGUAAUGCCUAAACGGUUUAUUCCAAAAUUUUGGAAAACCGCUUGAGUUAAGGCUGAAUGUCUGCACUUCAAUCCCAUCUUGAUUAUUUGAUUUCAAAUCCACUGUGGUGGUGUACAGAGACAAAACUACCAAAAAAAAAGAUCUGUCUUUGCCCAACAAAUUAUGGAACUAACUGUAGUCAGAAAAAAUAUUCUACUUAUUCCUUUAGUUGACUAGUCAGACUGACCAAGAUGCAAUUGUAUAAAUAUUGUCUGUACAUCGGUACGUGUUAAAAAUCCAAAGGGAUCUAGCUAUAUUACUGUAAGUUGCUAUGAUUAUUUUUUUUUGACCCUUCAUGAAGACAAGGCGAUCUUGUACUUUACUGCCAUUCUUUGUCAAACUUGCGGUCCCAAAACAGCUCACUAUUACCAUGAAUGUAUUCUGCGUAAAGAAAUACACUCAAACACUCUCGCUUGCUCAAUCACUUAAACUGCCACACAGACACCCACACACACACACACGCACACACACAUGAACACAGAUAUGUACACACACCUCGACAACCAAAGUGCUCUCUCUUAAAUGGACUUCAAUAAGAGGCAGGGAACACUGCUGUCACUGGGGACAAAAGAUAGCAGGAGGCGUUGCAGAUAUCUUGACAAUAUUUCUGAGGGAAUAACUGUGAAAAUCUGAGCAUGGACUUGCUACAGUGCUGUACAUGGACUGCUCUAACAGAUGAAGGUGGACUACGGAUGAACACAAGGGAACACAAAUAAACCUUACAAAGGAUAAAUGGCCAUGAAGGAACAGGUGUUCAUGAAAUAAAUAAAAUAUAGAAUUGAAGACUAAGAUAUAUCUGAGAGGAAUUGUAAUGGCGUGAAGGAAAAAGGGACAAGCCUACCUUUACAUUGGAGACAAUAUUGAAAACUAUCUUUUAGCGACACGCUGUGGCCGGAAUACUGAAUUACAUACGCUUGGAAUAUUGUACAGUAUGCUGUUAACGAAAUAUAGCUUUGUAUUGCUUAGUCUUUUCUACCAUUAUGAUUAAACGCAGUUAUAGCUGAUAUCUUACCUUAUUAAACUAUACUAUUCUUCUCAUUCGUCAUGACAAUUAUGAUAUAUGUAUUAUCAAUACGUUAAAUAAUCACGAACAAGGAAAGUGCCGUUUGAGGUUGAAAUUAUUUUGUAAUUUUAUUUUA